GUUUAAAUUCACGGCAAACAAAUUAUUUGAGCAAGAGCAACACCAAACGGUUCGCACCCGCAGAAAAAAGUACAAAACCAGCCCUGAGCUAAUUUGAAUACAUCGUCUUCGUUGCGUUUCGUUUCGUUUCGUUUCGUUCCACGGAAACCAUACCAUCGCAAAACUUAGAGAAACACGACACCCAGCCCCACGGAAGAACAGGGCGAUACGUUUGAUCGCAAGAAACACGCACGCACAAAAGAAACUAUACAACCAUUCGCCAUGUCGAGAGACGACGGGAAACUGCUUGCAACGGCAAUGGGAGCCGCAACCGCCGGUGCCGCUCUGGCCGUUAUGGCCAUGAAGAUGAUCGAUGGAAGCAAAGACCAGAGCGGCAAGGGCGGCGGCGAAAGUGCGUACAACAACAGCGGUGGCAGCGUCCUGGCCUACCACCAGGGCGACAAGCGGCCCGUCCGCACAAGCGUCAUCAUGAACGACCCUUCCGACCUCCACGAAUCUAUAUCGCACGGGUCCAUGAACAUGAAGCGUGAGGCCUCCGAUGCCAUGCUCUUUCCGCACAACCACGAAGAAAAAAUGCGACGCCGGAUCGCCACGCGGUACACGAUCGAGGAAGAAAACAACCUGGGGCGAGACUCGGUGACGGUGCGGGUGCCGGCGACCUCCGCCAACGUGGGUCCUGGAUGUGAGUCUUUGUCUUGUCUGCAAACACCCUGGAUUGCCUUUUGGUAUAUUGUAAUGCGACGAGUCAAGUUGUGUUCUGUUAUGCGUCGCAGUAAGAUCCCGUUCGUUCCAGCACGGAUAGCUGUCUCACACAUCCUGUUUCAACCUGAUCCUCUCAUCUGACAUUUUUGGCGAUUUGAUUGACACUCAAUUUUCGAAUAACAACGAACUGCACUCUAACCUUCUGUUAUGCAACGAAACAAAAUGAAACACAAAUCAAAAUCAACCAUUCAGACGAUUGCAUUGGAAUUGCCGUUGAUCUGUGGUCCGAAGUAACGGUGUCCCGGGUUCCCAAUGGGGACACCGUUGGUUUCGAAAUCACCGCCGAGGGGGAAGGAGCCGAAGCGAUGCCCAAGGACGAGAGUAACUACCUCGUAGUGGGCUGCAAGGCUGCCUUUGAGACGGCUAACAAACCCCUGCCCCCACUUAAAUACCAUGUCGUUUCGAGGAUUCCCUAUGCACGGGGACUGGGCUCCUCCAGUGCCGCAAUCGUGGCAGGAAUCGUAGCGGGACUGGUUCUGGCCGGGCACAGAUUGCCCUGUUGGGGGUCGGAGGCCCUCCUGCAGAUCGCUGCCGGCAUUGAGGGACACCCCGACAACGUCGCCCCCGUCAUCUACGGUGGAAUCCAGCUCGGCAUCCACAACGGAACCCGGUGGCUGACGGAGCGUAUCUCGAAUCCCCCCGGCCUGCAGUGCAUUAUUUUCAUCCCGGACUUUAUUGGCAAGACCUCGGACGCCCGGGGGGUCCUCGACAAUACCGUCACCCGGGAGGAGGCUGCCUUUAAUAUUGGGCGAGCCGCCUUUUUGGUGCACGCCUUUGAAACCAACAACCUCGACAACCUCCGGUGGGGCGUCCAGGACAAGCUCCACCAGCCCCAGCGGGGCGGGAAGCUCUAUAAAUACCUCUACCCGAUGAUCGAGGCGGCCGAAAAGGCUGGUGCCUGCUGUGCCUACCUGUCGGGUGCUGGACCAACCGUCAUGGCACUAACGAGCGGCGCCGCCGGUGACAUUUUUGCGCAGCGAGAGAAGGAACGAACGGACAUUUUGGUCGCCAAGGCCAUGAUCCAGUGCGCCAAGGAUCACGGGGUGGAUGGAAAGCUACUGGUCACCAACGUUGUUUCGGAGGGAUGCCGGGUUACUCACGUUGACCCGCCCUUUUCCACGGGAGAAAUUACCUACCGCGACAACAUUUAAGGCAAACAAUAAAUCGAGGGUUGUGGCAGCUAGAAGAUUUCCUGCCAUAAGAUCGAUGACAGUAGGCUGGCAAAUAAUAACAAUAACAAAUA